AUGGUUAAACCGAUGAUCGCAGACUUGGAUCGAUUAUAUGAACUCAUGGAUUCUACUCACCUAGGUUCAUCUCGACUUAGGUCUUUAAGAGAGGAGCUUAAGAAUCUGAGCAGAGAAAUAGAAGAAGCUGAAAAGACUGAGGUAGACAAGGAGGAAUCAGAGAAAGAAGUUGAUACGGUCGAAUACUGGAAGAAGAAGGUGUCACACUUGGAGAAAUCACUGAAGAAGAGUAGAGAGAGCAAGCUGAGAUUGGUUGAGAGUUUAAAGACUAUGGAGACUCUCAAGACAGGUGAAGAUAGAGGUUCUAGAUUCUCGAGUCUCAUACUUGAGAACUCACCUUUUAUCAUGGGACAUCAGGAUCAAGAUUUACGGUACAUGUUCAUAUUCAACCAGCUUUUUAGUUUGAAGGAAAAGGACAUUUUGGGGAAAACAGACUCUGAGAUCUUCCAUGGCAAUGGGGUUAAAGAAUUUGAAGAUUUCAAGAGAGAGGUUCUUGAGAAGGGAAAAGCUUCAAAGAAAGAGUUCACAUUUGAGACUGAUUUAUUCGGAUCAAAGACGUUUCUGAUCUUUGUUGAAACUGUUUACAACAAAACUGGCAAGAAAAUGGGCAUAAAUUACAUUGGAAUGGAUGUAACUGAUCAAGUGAGAAGAGGGAAAAAAUGGCAAAACUUGGAGAAGAUAAAUGCAGUGAGAAAGGCAAUGGAAUCAAAACUUGGAAAGACCAUUCACAUUACAGAGGAGAUGUUGAAGGCUAAGAAGAUGCUAGCUAAAAUGUCUGGUGAGAUAAGAUCGCCAUUGUUGGGGAUUGUGAGCAUGGCUGAGAGAUUUUCUUCCAUCACAAAACUUGAUGAAGAGCAAAGACGGUUGUUGAAUGAAAUGAUAUCGUCUGCCGGUUUAGCACUUGAGAGAAUAAACGAGUUUCUUGAUCUCUUUGAGGUUGAAUCAGGAACAUUAACCAUGGCUGAAACAAUAGUUGAGAUCUCAGAAGAUGACAAGAGGCUAACGAAGCUUUCCUCUCUAAAGAAGAAAGCAAUAAAUGCGACGAAUAAGUUUAAGCACUCCUUGACCAAGAGAGGUCGAAAGCAUAGCCGUGUGAGGUGUGUCUCAAUCGUUGAUGAAAUCGAUACAGAGGAGUUGCAACACGUUGAUGCUUUCCGUCAAGCUCUUAUAUUAGACGAGCUACUUCCCUCGAAACACGAUGAUCAUCAUAUGAUGCUUAGGUUCUUGAGGGCAAGAAAGUUUGAUAUCGAAAAGGCCAAACAAAUGUGGGCUGAGAUGCUUAACUGGAGGAAAGACUUUGGUGCUGACACCAUUAUGGAGGACUUUGAAUUUGAAGAAAUUGAUGAGGUGGUCAAGUACUAUCCACAAGGGUAUCAUGGUGUUGACAAGGAAGGAAGACCUAUCUAUAUCGAGAGGCUUGGCCAUGUUGAUGCCACGAAGCUCAUGAAAGUGACAACAAUCGAUAGGUAUGUGAAGUACCAUGUGAAAGAGUUUGAGAAGACUUUCAACGUCAAGUUUCCAGCUUGUUCCAUUGCUGCGAAGAGACAUAUUGAUCAGAGCACAACGAUCUUGGAUGUUCAAGGCGUGGGGAUUAAUAAUUUCAACAAAGCUGCAAAAGAGCUUCUCCAGAGUAUUCAGAAAAUCGACAAUGAAAACUACCCUGAGACUCUGAACCGUAUGUUCAUAAUCAAUGCUGGUUAUGGGUUUAGGCUUAUAUGGAACGGAGUGAAAACUUUCCUCGACCCCAAAACUACAGCCAAGAUUCACGUACUUGGUAACAAAUACCAAAGCAAAUUGCUGGAGAUCAUUGACGCCAAUGAACUGCCUGUGUUCUUGGGUGGUAAGUGCACAUGCGCAGACAAAGGUGGAUGCAUGCGUUCAGACAAAGGUCCAUGGAACGACCCUGACAUCUUCAAGUUGGUACAGAACGGUGAAGGUAGAUGCCCGAGGAAGAGCUUGUCAGGGAUAGAGGAAAAGACAAUCUCAGAGACCAAGAACGUAACAGAAGAGACUUACAAAGAAGCUGCUGUGGAGAAAGAGAAGCAGUUCAUAGAAGCUGCUGUGGAGAAGGAGAAGCAGUUCAUAGACAAGACCGUGGACACUGGUGCUUAUCCUUCUACAGUAGCCAACAACAAUGUUCCCGAGCCUAAAGAUUUGUUGACUCCACCAGUUGUUAAUACGUUGGAGAGGAAAGGGUACUUAUACGGCAGCAUGAUGGCGUUGCUGAUGGGGAUAGUGGGAAUGAUGAGGCUAACCAAGAACAUGCCAAGGAAGCUCACACAAGGGGUGAAUGCGUACCCUGACGGUGUAACGGUUAUGCCGACGCAGGAGUAUAUGGCGAUGGUUAAGAAGAUGAGUGAUCUUGAGGAGAAAUGCAAAUCCAUGGAGGCUGCUCAAGUUGCUGUUUCUAUGGAGAGGGAGAAGGUUCUUGACGCUGCUCUUCGUCGUGUUGACCAGCUUGAGUUUCAGUUGUCUGAAACCAAGAAGGCACUGGAUGAGACGAUGACGAGGCAACAUGAAAUAAUGGCUUAUAUUGAGAAGAAAAAGAAGAAGAAGAGAAAGUUCUUGUGUUUCUGGAAGACUGCUUCAAUCUCCUAA